AUGGCAGUUCUUCGAUGCUUGGCCGUAUUCACUUGGGCCGUUGGUGCCAAUGCUCUGACGUACAACACUUUCGACGGCCCCGGCUUCCCAGCCUGCCAGAAUGUUUCGGCUGUCCACGACGCAACUAGUGUCAAGGACAUCCAAAACAUCGUUCAAAAUGCCAUCCAAGGAGGCCAGAGAGUUCGCGCGUCGGGAAAAGCACAUAUGUGGUAUGACACAAUGUGUUCUGAUGACCCGAAUACUGUCAUUGUUCGUACAGAGCAGGUCAACAAGAUCUAUGAUCUAGAUCUCGAUGCGGGCACUGUGAUGAUCGAGGCUGGUGUGACAUUCCUGCAACUCGCAGACUACUUACAUCAGCGUGGUGCGUCUGCGGGGUAUACCCUUGUCAAUUGGAACAUCACCUUGGCUGGAUGCGUCGCGAUGGGUGCCCACAGGUCGUCUAUUAGGGAGGAUUCUAUGGUCGCGGCUGGUGUUUUGGCCCUCGAUAUCAUCGAUGGCAACGGUGAAUUGCGGCACCUGGAGCGUGACGAUAGUGAUGAGUGGCUUGCUGCCUCGACAUCACUUGGUCUUUUGGGUGUCAUCGUCAGAAUGAAGUUCAAGAUCUAUCCCGACUUUAAAGUCUACGCCGACCAGAAGACGCUUGACGAGGCUGAUGUUCUUGACGGGGAUAUCUAUGGUAUGAUUUCGCCUUAUGCCACAGCAAACCUAUGGUGGUGGCCUCAUAAGAAGAAAUUCCACUGGCGCUAUUACGACGUCAUUCCAACCAACAAGAGCGACCAAGAGGGUUUCCAGAAUACGUUCUCAAUAACCAAACUCGAAGCCGGCGCUAUCACUGCCCUCUGGAACACCGGAAAAGGCGUCGCUCUGUCAAACCUCCUCGCAGAGGAGAUCCUCUUUGGACAAUGGGAGAACCCCAACUUUCGAGAAAAGACGACCAACGAACCCAUCACCAAGUGGCCAGUCUACGGCUGGAACUACGACGUCCUCAUCGGCGGUCUGUAUCCCGACCAGCGACCAGUCUGGGAGUAUGGUAUCCACGGCUAUACUCUUGAGCUUGCAUUCCCCGUGACUCAAGCGAAUGCAAUGCUCAAGCGCGUUCGGCAGCUAUUUGACAACGAGGCCAAGAAGCUCAAGUUUAUGGCAUCGACCUACAGGAGCGGCAUCAACAUCAAGUUUGGCAGGCCGUACUUUGACCUAUUAGGCCAGGUUACGUACGGCACGUCCGAUGGCGCUGAUUGGGAUAAAGGUGCUAUUAUGUUGGAUUUUCCAUCUUACAAACCAAGUAUCGGUGAUGGGCUGCGAUACAACGAACCGUUUUAUCACAAACUUGCCGAAACGCUCAUUGAUGAAUUCCCGUGCCGCCCGCAUUGGACCAAAAAUACAAGAGAGGUAUUCGAGCGUUCUGCCAAGAACCUAGACCCUGAUCAUAUUGCUCGUUUCAAGGCAGUCCGAGAGAAGUUUGACCCAGAUGGUAUCUUUCGAAGUGUUGUUGGUGAGACCAUUGGGGUUUAUUGA